CCAAGAUGGCGGCGCCCUGUAGACUGGAGGAGCUGUGAGAGGCUAUUUCUGUCCUCCCUGAACUUGCCUUAGGAUACCUGCAUUACAGUCUGGUGGGUAUAGUGCCCCACUCAAAGUCCUCACUCUUCACUGUGCCAGACCUCAGAAGUGAGAGCCCCUCAGGGCUUAACUCAUUGGAGAUCAUGAAAGACACCAGGUUGGCAGCGCUGGAAACUGAAGUACUAAUUGUCCAUAGAACAGUCUGGUAGAGGCACAAAUGAAGAACCUGUGGAAAUUUUAAUGUGUGUACCAAAACUAGCAUGAGCACAUACAUAUAAGAUAAUGGCACAGCAAGCAAAUAUUAGUGAACUCCUCUCCAUGCUGGAUUCCUCGGCUUUGGGUGUGUUAGAUGACAUAACAACUGUCUUUAAAGAGAACCUUAAUUCUGACCGUGGUCCCAUGCUUGUAAACACGUUGGUGGAUUAUUAUCUGGAAACCAAUUCUCAACAGGUGUUGCGCAUCCUGACUGCAUUGCAAGAGCCCCAUGAUAAGCACCUCAUGGACAAAAUUAAUGAAUAUGUGGGCAAAGCUGCUACUCGUUUACCCGUCCUCUCCUUACUGGGGCAUGUAAGACUACAACCCCCAUGGAAGCAUAAGCUCUCUCAAGCACCUCUCUUGCCUUCUUUGCUUAAGUGUCUCAAGACUGAUACAGAUGUAGUAAUACUCACAACAGGAGUUUUAGUCUUAAUAACCAUGCUGCCAAUGAUUCCACAGUCAGGCAAACAAUACCUUCAUGACUUCUUUGAUAUUUUUGGCCGUCUUUCAUCAUGGUGCCUGAAGAACCCAGGUCAUGUGACAGAUUAUCUCGUCCAUCUUCGCAGUGUUUAUGCUCUCUUUCAUCGCCUUUAUGGAAUGUACCCUUGCAACUUUGUCUCCUUUCUACGUUCUCACUACAGUAUGAAGGAAAACUUGGAGACCUUUGAAGAAGUGGGUAAAGGUAAACCAAUGAUGGAACAUGUUCGAAUUCAUCCAGAAUUAGUGACUGGAUCCAAGGACCGACUGGACCCUCGCAGGUGGAAAAGAUUAGAAACUCAUGAUGUUGUAAUAGAAUGUGCCAAAAUUUCUCUGGACCCCACCGAAGCCUCGUACGAAGAUGGCUAUUCUGUGUCUCAGCAGAUCUCAACACGUUUUCAUCAUCGUCCAAGUGAUGCCACCGUCAGCCCUUAUGUUGACACACAGAAUAGCUAUGGGAGUGCUACUUCCACCCCUUAUUCCACUCCUCGGCUGGCUGUUAACACGCCAGGGCAGCUACCUCAGGUUCUGAGGUCCACAACACGGCUGUCAACUGAGCCGUCACAAGCUACUAUAUGGAGCCCCUCUGCAGUCUGUGGUAUGACCACUCCUCCAACCUCACCUGGAAAUGUCCCACCUGAGUUGUCACACCCUUAUAGCAAAGUCUUUGGUACAUCUGGUGGGAAAGGAACUCCUUUGGGAACACCAGCAACCUCCCCUCCUCCUCCCUGCCAUUCAGAUGACUACGUGCACAUUUCACCCCCUCAGGCUAUAGUCAUGCCCCCCAAGAAGGAGGACAGACUGGAUUCUGUGAGACCAUGUCUACACAGACAGCCACACCUUUCUAAUGAUAGAGGAUUAGAAGAAACAACUGACAAUAAGGGUUCUGUCACUUUAAGGGAUCUUCCAGGGUUUUUAGUUGAUCUAGACUCUGAAGAAGAUAGUGUUGAGAAAGAUAAGGAAGAAGCUGCAAUAUCAAAGGAGCUUUCUGAGAUCACUACAGCAGAUACUGAGCCUGUGGUGCCUCGAGGAGGAUUUGACUCUCCUUUCUAUCGAGACAGUCUCCCAUGUUCUCAGAGAAAGUCCCAUUCAACAUCUUCUAACACUCAAGGUCCCAGUGUGAGCACUGAACCUCUAACUUCCUCUCUGGACAAGCUUGGGCCUGACACACCAAAGCAAGCCUUUACACCCAUAGAUCGGCCUGGUGGGUAUGCUAGUGAAAGCCCUGCUGGUAACAGGGAAAACCAGACUUCUUUGGAGACAACAAUCUUCACACCUAGCCCUAAAAUUCCAUCUCAGAGAAAAGUAGGUUUUGGAAGUGGACAAUCUCCCCCAUAUGAUCACCUUUUUGAGAUGGCACUGCCAAAGACUGCUUACCAUUUUGUCAGCAAGAAGACUGAAGAGCUAUUAAAAAAGGUGAAAGGAAACACAGAGGAAGAUUAUAUGCCCUCUACUUCUCCAGUGGAGGUACUGGAUAGGCUGAUACAACAGGGAGCAGAUGCACAUACAAAGGAGCUGAACAAGUUGUCUUUGCCCAGUAAAUCUGUCGAUUGGGACCCACUUUGGAGCUCUCCACCCUCAGAUGAGAUUCACACCCUUCGGAACCAAUUGCUGUUACUGCACAACCAGUUACUGUAUGAGCGCUUCAAAAGGCAGCAGCAUGCUCUCCGGAACAGACGUCUCCUACGGAAGGUGAUCAAAGCCACAGCUCUGGAAGAACACAACGCUGCUAUGAAAGAUCAGUUGAAAUUACAAGAGAAGGACAUCCAGAUGUGGAAGGUUAGCUUGCAGAAAGAACAGGCCAGAUACAAUCAGCUUCAAGAGGAACGUGACACUGUGGUCACCCAGCUCCACAGCCAGAUCAGACAGCUGCAACAUGAUCGGGAGGAAUUCUACAAUCAGAGCCAGGAAUUGCAGACAAAGCUGGAAGACUGCCGGAAUAUGAUUGCAGAUCUGAGGUUAGAAUUAAAGAAGGCCAAUAACAAGGUGUGUCACAGAGAGUUGCUGCUCAGCCAAGUUUCUCAAAAGCUUUCAAACAGCGAGUCAGUCCAGCAGCAGAUGGAGUUCUUGAACAGGCAGCUGUUAGUUCUUGGGGAGGUCAAUGAGCUAUAUUUGGAGCAAUUGCAGAACAAGCAUGCAGACACUACACAGGAAGUGGAAAUGAUGAAGGCUUCUUAUAGGAAGGAACUAGAGAAAAAUAGAAGCCAUCUCCUUCAGCAGAAUCAGCGGCUUGAUACCUCCCAAAAACGGAUUCUUGAACUAGAGUCUCAUCUGGAAAAAGACCAUCUUCUAUUGGAACAAAAAUACCUGGAGGAUGUCAAACUUCAGGCUAGAGGACAGCUACAGGCAGUAGAGAGCAGGUAUGAGGCUCAGAAAAGGAUUGCCCAGGCAUUUGAAUUAGAAAUCUUAGAUUUGUAUGGCAGACUGGAGAAGGAUGGCCUCCUGAAAAAACUUGAAGAAAAGACAGAAGCAGCUGAGGCAGCUGAGGAAAGGCUUGACUGCUGUAAUGAAGGUUGCCCUGAUUCAUUGGUAGGGCACAAUGAAGAGGCCGCUGGCCGCAAUGGUGAAACUAAGACCCCCAAGUCUGGUAGCAGCCGGGGCAGUAGUGGCAGCAGAGGAGGUGGAGGAAGUAGUAGCAGCAGCAGUGAGCUUUCUACCCCUGAGAAACCCCCAAACCAGAGGGUAGGGCCAUUCAGCAGUCGGUGGGAAACAAUGUUAGAACCUUCCACCAGCAUCCCUGUGACUGUCGGCUCACUUCCCAGUUCAAAGAGCUUCCUGGCCAUAAAGGCUCGAGAGUUGUUUCGUAAUAAGAGUGAGAGCCAGUGUGAUGAGGACGGCUUGACCAACAACAGCCUUUCUGAGACACUAAAGACUGAACUGUACAAAGAUCCAGCCACGGAAGCAAAGGCCCCCCUGGGCCUAGACAACCCUCACCCAUCUCCCAAAAACCAGGAAAGUGUUGGACAGCUUCGUAUCAUGGACUACAAUGAGACUCAGCAUGAACCCAGUUAAAGGAUGAUGGUCAAUCAGUGUUAACUUUCAUAUUCUUGGCAUAGAAUGGGAGGCGUGAAUGCAAGUGUAAAAGCUUUCAUAUUUCCAGGUUGUGAGUAGCUAGCUCCUGCCGUGGAAAUAGGACUGAGCUCCUUUUGACAAAAGACUGAAUGCAGAAUGGUGUUUGGAUCUGGCAGUGAAAUGCCUCUGACCUUUCUCUUGACUCUUACCUAAAUCUCUUCUUUCUUUCCUAGCAGUGUGUGCUAACCCAAGGGCCAGUUUGCAUUCAUAAUUAUCUUUAUUUUCUUCCUCCUUUCCCUAAAUGGUUGCAUCCUAUAAACCUGUGCAAUAUGAGGCCAAAUUUAAUCUUUGAAUCUAACGCACACAACUUUCUGCUUUACUGAAGCUCAAGUAGCUUGCCCAGUUUUCAGUGCAGACCAGUUAAUUGGUGGUGGUACAGGUAAGUCUGGUUUUGUUCCUUUCUGGGAUGCAGUUUACAGAGCCAGUUGCCUUCAUAUGAAGGCUUCUAAAUGCAUAUGUUUUUUUCUCCCUGCUUUUUGGUUCUGAAGUUCAGCACCCAAAGCAGUGGAUCAAGAAAAAAGUGGUUUGUUAUUCACCCUUAUGUUCUUUGGAGGCUCUGAUAAUGCUUCCUAUAAAGUUUGGUGUGAACACAUACUUCGGCCAUUUCAAAGAACUGGAGCUGGAGCUGUGGGGUUUGGUGAAGCACCAUCCCUCCUUCCCCUCUACCUCUUAUUUAUUUGGUGUUGGCUGAAAAGCUGGUACUCUUCUGACUACAACUGGGGGGUGUGUGCAGAUGAUGAAACCCAAACUCUGGGGAGGGAAAGAAUGGAGACUGGAAAUUUACCUAAGGAACCCUUGUGGAAGAGUUAAUGCAUCCCCAUGCAAGUCUUGGGCUGGCUGAACCUUUUUCCUUCUGUUUUUUCUCCAUUUCUUUUUGUGAUUCCUCUCUUGUUCAUCUCACUCUCUAAUACUGCACCAGACAUGAUCAGAAGUUCCAAAGAAAUCUCCUCAAUGUCGUUUGUUACGUAGCUAUAUGACCAUCUUUUCUUAGAUCUGGCCUCAAUAUGGCUUGGGGCAACAAAGCUACAGCUUUUUUCCAUAUUAACUAACUUUGUAUGUUAGGUACUUGGUUUGCAGGUAGGGUGCAACUAUUGAAUUCCAAGUUUCAGUGGUGAUGGCUUUUGAGGGAAAAUCUGAUAAGUUGUAACCAAUAUGGAUGAACACAGGUCUCAUUUGGGUUACACAUGGACAAGGGAUGACUGUGUACUUCAGACAACUGCCAGAGGAGAUCUGUAGCACAAAAUCCAGCUCUGCCAAAGCCUUGAAAAUGUUAGAAACCUAAGAAAUGCUUCAGUUGGAAUAUUAGGUAGCAAAUGAAAACCAGAAUUACAAGUAAUGUUUAGAAGCCUAGAGAAUGACCCAUGGGCUGUAGACAAUUGUAAAAAGAAAAGCGGUGUGGGGGAAGCCAGGAGAAGAUGAAGAUGCUUAAAUCUUAUUGGGCAAGGAAGUACAGGAAACUCCAUACUUUAAAUAAUAAAAAUAAGUGGUAAUAAGACUUAACUCUAGUAUCCCUUCCCAUGUUGAAGCUGAGCAGGAAAUGACUAGAAUUGGCAACAUUAGGCUGGCUAAUAAUAUGGAGACUUCUGAUAUUCACACCUAAUUUGGUUGAGCAUUUCAUCAGGACAUGAUGUGGAGGUAAGGGUUUUUGUUGUUGUUUGUGGUUUUUUUUUUUUUUUUAAUGAGUUGGCUUAGAGAAUAACUUCAGAGUAGUAGGCUGAAACUUGUCUGGGAUUUAUUCAUGGGCAACUCAAUAUUUCAGUAACUCUCACAACACACUUAGUUUGAUCUUUCUGGUUGGAGAAGGAAAGCCCCAAACUUUUAAUAAGAAAUUAUUCAUUUUUUGGAGAGGCAACAAAGCCAAAAUACCAUUUCUAACUGAAAAGUUAUGGUAACCCUAGAAAUUUUUUAAACACACCCUCUAUAAAGCCCAGGAAAAACACGUGCUACAAGUUGAAAAAUACUAGGUACUUGCACAAAAGCCCUAUAUGGCUAACAAGUGAAUUAAAGAAGGCCUUUGGAAUGAGAAAAAAAAAAGAUUUUUAUCUUUAUAGUCUAUAUAUAUAUAUAUAUCUGGAGAGAUUGUACAAAUCAUCAUUUUAAAAACGGAGGUAAUCUGGUAUAAGCAUUGGACUGGGAGUCAGAAACAAAGUUCUAAUUCCAGCUGUGCCACUGACUAAACUAUGACUGGCUAAGUAAUUUCCUCUUUCUGAGCUUCAGUUUAUAUAAAGUGAGGAACAUUGGGUUGAAUAAUUUCUAAGGUCCCAUUCAGGUCAAAUGUUCUGUAAUUACGUAAAACUUUAAGUCUUCAGCGAAGAUCAGAUACAAAAUAGGCUUUAAAAAAAGCAUUCAUUCUGCAUAUAUUUUUUGAAGGACUUAAAAGCCAAUAUUGCAAUUCUGUAAUUACAUGGUUAAGCUAGAAAAUCAUUGGGAACACUGGAUUAUAGUCCAAAAAGUUCUUUAGGGGAUGAGAAGGAUAUAGAAGAGAGGUUCUCCAUUCCUGAAUUUCUUGAAGUAUACAAGUCAGAAUUAUUUGAACAAAUAGUGGUACAAGCACAGGAUGUCCUAGACCAAUAUCAAAUUAAGUAUAAAUAAAUCACAAAUUGAGUGGAAUCUUCUUAAGAAUCAAAGCAUUACCAACAAACGAAAUGGUAAAAACUAAGGAACUUUUAGGCCAAAUGUGCAACCAGUUAGAAGUACCAGAUCAGAGAACUACUAGAUUACCACUGAUUUCUAUUCUUUGGGGAGACUUUGAAUUCUGGACUGGUGAGUCUAGUGCCUGUCAAGCUUGUAGAAUCAAUUAUAAAGGAUAGUAACAAGACUAUAAUUAUAAUCCUAUGGACCUUUGGGGGCAGAGUUGGAAGGAAGGGAAAUGAUAUGCUAACAAUAGAAAAAAAUCAUGCCUGAAUCUGCUCAAAGUUGAAGGUGUAAAUUUUUGGCUUUCCCAAUGCCUUUGAAAAAGGUCUUAGCAGAAAGUUACUCUUGGAUUAGGAAGAAUGUUUGCCCAUGGAUGGGGAGCUUGCUUAGAGACAUGAAACAAAGUGUAAGGGAUAAUGGUCUUUUCUGUGGAUAGGAUAGUAAUAGGAUUCCUAGGAGCAAUCGUUUAACAUUUUUGCGAAUUAAAUAAGUAUCAAGGUUUGUGGUGACACUCAGCUUUUCUGGGUAGUGGAAUAAUAAGCCUAUGGGGAUAUGCUUCAGAAAAAUUUCAUGAGGUAUAAGUGGGGGAAGAAAGAUGACAGAUUAACUUCAGUGUGAGCAAAUGUCAAUAACGUACUUUUUCCAAAUCAUACUUUAAAAGAUGAGCUGUUAACAUCUAAGAAAGAGAUCUGAGAAAGAGAUCAUUACUUCUUUGUCGAGGACAGUGUUGCUAUAUAACUUGAAAAGUCAGAGAAGCGGAAGCAAACUUCCUUAGGAAGGGAAUUGAAAACAAAAUGAAAGAACAUCCAAACCAUGACUUAUCUGCAUAUGCAAUAUAUGCAAUUUGAUUUGCUUAGAAAGGACAAAGCCAGAGACUAGUCAACAGCGUGACAAGACCAAGGCAGGCAAUGAUGGGAGUUCUUGGAAGGACAGAAGUGAAAAAUAAAAUUUGUCAAGGCUGAGUGGGUAUAGUCAAAAUUUAUAAAAUUAUGAAAAGAAUUACUAAAGGAAAAGGCAGCCUUUUUCACCAAAUCUUGGAAUACUCAAACUAGAGGUACCCCUUUUAAGCUAGAAAGAUAGAAUUUUAGAAAAGCUUAAGCUGCCCUUGAUAGUGGCUAGCAAACUUUUGGAACAUGAUAAUAAGGUGGUUUGGAGGUAAAAAGUACAGGUUCAAGAAAAAUUAACAUUAAUUUAUGAAAGGUUGAUCUGUAAUGGGUCAUUAAGAGAAACUAGGGGUAGGGACAUGUCCCUAGCCUUUUGAAAUUGCUUCAGCAAGAAUAGCCAUGUUUUCCUCACGAUGGCCUUUGAUUGUCACUGUCAGACAAAAUACUGAGCUGAGUGGAUCAUUGGUCUUACCAAGGAUGGUAUGUUUGAGGUAGUUGACGGAGAAAUGAGUGUUCUGGACAGUUUAGCCUGUUGCAUUCUUUACUCUUCAUGGUACGUGCUUUUAUAGUUGCCCCACGAGUGUCUUGUCCAAAGCUCUGUGUGUGUGUGUUUAUCUUUUUGUAAGGAGUUUUCAGAAUAGUCCCACUGGCAAAUUAAUUGUGCCUGUCUAAGUUUUUUUACCAGCAGGAACUUUGUCCAGCUGAAUAAGGGAUGGGUUUAAUUGGGAAUUGGACCCAAGUUGCUGCUGUGUGCCCUUGUCUUAUAUUUGGCUCCAGAAUCCAUUGUCUAGCUACACAUGUGCUUAAUGAAAACAUAACGGUUCAGUUUUCUUAAAACAAUCCUGCAAUCUUUACGUGCUAAUACGAGAGGGAAAGUGAACUCUGGUUUGUCCACAGAGUUAAGCUGGCAUCACUGUGAAUGGGCAGUUUCAUGAUUUUACUACCCCUGAGAUGAGUUAAUGAAGAUAAAGUGUCUUUCUUUGUCCCUUCUUUCCCCAUUGCUGAGUGGAUAAUAGAUAAAUGUAACUUUGCCACAGAAAUUAUCCUUGAGUAAACAGACUGGCUUACCUACUAAGCUAGAUCUCCUUUCAGAGGAAACCUUUGAGAAUUUGAAACCUACUGUAGGCUGAAUCCAGGUGCCAUGUUUGGAGAGGAGGGAGGAGGUGUUCUUUAUAGCAGGAUCAUACGGUGUUGACUCCAAUAUGGGUUUACCCAGGUGUUUUACACAAGGAAGAAUUGGGAAUCACUUUCAGAAGACUGUUUUUCUAUGGACCACGAAGAUUAUGGAGGAACAGAUUUUUUUUGCUAAGGACAUAAUCUAGUUUUGUAAAUCUCGCCCACAGAACUUCAGAAUAAUAGAGUGAACUUGCAGUUUAAAGGGAUCCUUUGGCAAAGUGGCAACACUUUUUUAACGGCUUUUAGUUCAAAUCUAAAAAUGUCAUCUUUUGUCAAAAAGGUUCAAUCCGUUCCCUGCCUCACGCUUGUAAGCAUGUCAAAAACAAUCCACAGUAAAUGCCAUAAAUAUGAACUGCAAGGGAAAAUGGUACAAUCUUAGUGAACGAGAAUUGGAAUCAAAAGGUUUUGCUGUCCUUAUUAGAAUGUUCUAAAAAUGUCAAGGCAGUUGCUUGUGUCUAACUGUGAACAAAUAAAAAUUUAUCGUUUUGCACUA